AUGUUUUUUUUUGGCUACACUCUUACCUGCAAUCGAUCGGUUUCUACCAAACAAGUCUCAAGUUGUUGCUGCUAUUCCUGGUACCUUUUUUUGGCAUGGUAUGCUGCACAAAAACAUUGGCUGGCUAACAACAUUUUGGGUCUUGCAUUCUGCAUUCAGGGAAUUGAAAUGCUUUCACUUGGCUCUUUCAAGACUGGUGCCAUUCUGUUGGCUGGACUUUUUGUAUAUGAUAUAUUCUGGGUGUUUUUCACUCCAGUGAUGGUCAGUGUUGCCAAAUCAUUUGAUGCACCUAUCAAGCUUUUAUUUCCAUCAAGAAUUGCUGCACGCCCCUUUUCCAUGCUUGGUUUAGGUGACAUUGUAAUUCCAGGGAUUUUUGUAGCAUUAGCACUGAGAUUUGAUGUGUCAAGAGGAAGAGAGAGCCACUAUUUUAAAAGUGCCUUUCUGGGAUACACAGUUGGGUUGGUCCUUACAAUUGUUGUCAUGAAUUGGUUUCAAGCUGCACAGGGUCAACACGUGUGUUCGUAUUAUAGUCUUUAUGGGAUUUGCAAAUACGGGCCGGGUUCCACAAAACUGGGGUCUUCUCCUUGAUUGUUUUUUUAUGAGCAAUCAUCUGGAAAUUACGAUGAGAGGAACUAUCCAAAUAGAUGGUCAGGUAGGGUCAUGUUUUGGACCAUUUUGCUUCUGUCCUUGACUAGGUAAUAUGAUGGGGUUUUGGGGGAAUAUGAAACUACAGAUUGUUAAUAUUCAGCCUCUUACAUUGGUGGCAAAAAACACAUCCAAAUGAUGAUGUUAAGGAUCAUCCGGAUGAAAUCGUUAACCAAACUGACACCGCUAACAUGAUAAAGGACGUUAGUCAAUCUGAAAACGUUGACUUUCAAACCAACACAGAUGAAACUCCCCAAGAUAUAUAUAUUUUAUAUCUUCAUUUAUAUAAUGCUCAUUAUAACCUUUGAAUCUUUGAUGCCAAGCCUCUGAGUUGGACUGGCGACAUAUACAAAGCUGUCAAUUACUCCCAUAUCUGUAUCUCAUAUGAUUGAGGUAGAUAUUGAAAAGGCUGCAUCUGAAUGAAUUACUGCUACACUUCAAACCGAUAACUGAGGUGGAACUUCAAACCGAUAACUGAGGUGGAGUGGAGUAAUUAAUUAUUAAUGUAGGUUGUAUAUAUUCAGUUGAUGAAUUGAUUUUAUUGCCGAGUAGUAGGUUUUGUUCAUGCUUUAUUGUUCUUGAAACUGAAUGCUUGGUCCA